AUGACGCAUCGCGAUGAUUUGUAUGUUGGGCCCUACCGGUUGGAAAAAACUUUAGGAAAAGGACAAACAGGUUUAGUGAAGUUAGGGGUCCACUGUGUUACAGGCAAAAAGGUGGCAAUUAAAAUUGUCAACAGAGAAAAACUUACUGAAUCAGUUCUCAUGAAGGUUGAAAGAGAGAUUGCCAUUAUGAAAUUAAUAGAGCACCCGCAUGUUUUGGCCUUAUAUGACAUAUACGACAACAAAAAAUAUUUAUACCUGGUGCUGGAACAUGUGAGUGGGGGUGAGUUGUUUGAUUAUUUGGUCAAAAAAGGUCGACUGCCUCCUAAAGAGGCUCGAAGAUUUUUCAGGCAGAUCAUAUCCGCCCUCGACUUUUGCCAUAGCCACUCUGUCUGCCAUCGCGAUUUGAAGCCGGAGAACUUACUAUUGGAUGAUAAGAAUAACAUUAAAGUGGCCGAUUUUGGAAUGGCCUCCCUACAAAUAGAAGGCUCCAUGCUCGAGACCAGUUGUGGGUCGCCGCAUUAUGCUUGCCCAGAAGUUAUUAGAGGUGAGAAGUAUGAUGGAAGAAAAGCUGAUGUCUGGAGUAGCGGUGUGAUACUGUAUGCCUUGCUUGUUGGUGCCUUACCAUUCGACGAUGACAACCUUCGACAGUUGCUAGAGAAAGUUAAGCGUGGCAUAUUCCACAUACCGCAUUUUGUAACUAUGGAAUGCCAAAACCUUCUGAGGGGUAUGAUAGAGGUGGAGCCUAAUAAGAGAUUGACACUGCAACAAAUACAGAAGCAUCCUUGGACUACUGUACCCCCUCAUGGUUUAUCAUACACUUUCCCCAAACAGACUUCCGUCAUUCCGUCGGCCGAGGAUGCAGAUCCCGACGUCCUGGGCACGAUGACGUCACUGCAGUGUUUUCGGGAUAGGGAGAGAUUAAUUAAGGAAUUAACUAAUCCCUAUCACAACACAGAGAAGGUUGUGUACUUUUUACUGUUGGAUAGAAAGUUGAGGAGGCCAACAAAGGAUGACGAUGAUGACGUCAAACAUAAGGCUGUCGUUUCCGGCUUCGACCCGCCGCAGAAGAGAAUAGAUGUCAACCCGUUGUGCACGUCGAAGGGGGCACCGAGGUUGUCCCUGGGCAGUUUGAGUGAGGGCUCGCCCCUGGCACCCAGGAGAGCCCUAGCUGUCCAUCAUCUCGGCGCUAAACAUGCCAAUCCCCUUCUUGCCAGUAACGGUAGUACUAACAAUAGUAACAGCAGUAUCGUCAGUAACGAUGGUAGUAACGGGGCUGCUACUACUACUAAUACUGCCACCACUACUACUACUACUACCACUUCACAUGGAUCAUCAUCAUCGUCGUCGUCAUCAACAUCGGUACAGCAGCAACAGUGGAAGAGUAGGUUGUACGCGUUGAAAAAUAGCUUCCUUGGCUCUCCUAAGUUUCAUAGGAAGAAAAUGAUUGCUCCAUCACAAGAGGAUCUCACACCGUCAACAUCAUCAACUGAAUUCACAAAGAGGUCCUGGUUCGGAGUGCUGGUAGGUGCAAACAACAGAAGCGAUCAGUACUUUGUGAUGAUAAAGGAUAGGACAGUGCCGCAGAUUAAAGCCGACCUCAUUCACGCAUUCCUCUGUACACAGGACCUCGUCCAUAGGGUGAUAACAGCCACGUCGUUUCGAGCAGAGUACCACCAGUCAUCCCCGUCGUCCGUAUUCAACAGGACAGUUCGACUCCAGGUCGAUAUCUCCAGGGUUAACACUAACAACCCCACCAUCACCAACAACCACAACAGCAACAACAACAAUAAUAAUAAUCGCAAUAAUAAUGGUAAUAAUAAUAAGAGUGGUGGUGGUGAUUUUGGCAGUGGCUUGGUCGUCGUUAAUGAUAAUUAUGAUGAUGGUGACGAUGAUGGUGAUGAGUUGGGUGGGGGAGGCUGCUAUCCUGAUGAUGAUCCUAUCAAGUCGAAGCAACGACAUCAGCAGCAGUUGAUACAUUGUCUGGCUUUCACCCUGCUGUCUGGUUGGUUUGGUUAA